AUGAAUCUCUCUUUCGCUGCCCUGCUGAUUUCAGCAGUAUCCCUCUUCGCUGUCGCCGACGCACUUGAAUGGAACCUUUACCGCAGCUACAGCGCCACGGAAUAUGCAAAAACUCUUAACAUGACCGACAACAAGUUUCGCCUCACGUAUAUUUCGGCUUAUGCCAACGCUGAGGGCGAAGCUAGAUAUAACGCCAUCUUCGAAAAGCCCGAGUAUACGCCUGCAUGGCGUACCAAUUACGGUUAUAACGGCAAUGAACUCAAUAAUACCUUCAACGACUUGAAAAACAAAGGGUUCCGGCCUGUGCUGGUGGAAGGGUAUAACAUUAAUGGAGAGCGUCACUACACCAGCUUGUGGGAGAACAACACGGAAUCCAUCGAGUGGGCUGAGCGCAGAGACAUGUCUGGCAAAGAAUUCAACACCUGGGUCAAGGAACAUAAGAAAAAGGGCUUCCGACUUCGACAUCUUAGCGGUUACGAGUACAAUAAUGAGCAACAGUUUACUGGUGUGUUUGAGAAACGUGACAGUGCCCCGUGGAAGGCGUAUGUUGGCCUCAGCCCUUGGGAGUACAGGAUCAAAAGUUACGCGGCGAAACGCUCUGGGUAUUAUCCUGUGCAAAUUAGUCCGUAUACGGCAUGCGGUAAAGUCUGGUUUGCUGCCAUUUUUGAGAAGCUGGGAAACAAAAAGGAUACCCCUGUUACUGUAUUUGGGUUAGAUUCAUCUCGCUAUAAGAUGGAAUCUGACGUGUGGGAAAGUCGGGGGUAUAAGCCUACUAUGGUAGACGGAUAUCUUGACAAUGGAGAGAAGUUUGCAGCCAUCUUCAACAAGGUCUAA